AUCGUUAAACACUACUAAAGAAGAAAAGGAACUCUGUAUGCCAGUCUCACACACGUCUGUAAAGUCACGGAUACUGAUGCGUUUUUCUUCACGGAAGGGAAUGAGUAAACAUACGAAUUAAAAAGUAAAAGUUCCAGAAUGGCGAAACGCACAAGCUCGAGGAAAAUUCUAAUAAUUGAAGAUGGUGAACAUGAAGAAGAUCCAGAUGAUCUAAAUCCUUUUUCCUUCAAGGAGUUUGUCCGAAGCAAGAACCUGUCUUCCGUCUGUAGUGGAGCUGUAGAAGAACAGAGAAGCCAUCAGGCACUGAAGAAAACUGGAAGUGAAAGUGUACAGGUGGAUGAGGAAGUCUAUUCCUCUCUGAAGCACUGUGCCCCUACCCUACUAGAUCCCUUCCUUAUUGACUCUGCACCAUUCCAAAAGUCCCCUGGCGACGAGAGAACGGAAUGGAGAGAGAGCUAUGAGCCAUCAAGCAUUCAGGAAACACAUGAAUUUGAACUGUGUGAGACCAUGGAUAGUAAAUGUACUGACCCACCAUGUGUAUCCACUGAGGAAGGGAGGGACACAACAAUUUUGGCACAGGUAUUACAGGUAGACCGAGAAUACUUCCAAGACGCCUGUGAACCCAAGAGGAGCCUCACUGCUCAUGCCAGAGACCAGGAGACGCCAAUAGAUGACAUCUCUUGCCAGACCAAGCAAUGUAGUACAACGACUGGGAGCAGGGACCAACAAAAGCUCAGAGAGGAGAAUGCACAGCUUAGGAAUCAUGUUAAGGAGCUGCUGAAGAAGUCUCAGUCUGAUGAUCAAAGGAUCAAAGACCUGAAAGAGCAGCUGCAUGAACAGAAGGCGAAGGAGGAGAGAGAGGCCCUGGCACUGGAGACCAUGGUGCAGUCUGUGGAACAGAACCUGCAGAAAAUGACCAAACGAGCUGUGAAAGCUGAAACCAAUGCCUCAAAACUUAAGGAAGAACUUCUUCAGCUGCAGGACCAAUUGGAAGUGUACCGCAGUGGAAAUGAGAGACUCCGAGCUGCGGAAACAACUGCUUUGAACACCAUGAAACAAAAUGCUCAGGUUGCAUCAGAAUAUCUCAGCAAAGCUGCCAACAAUGCACAGAUGUCUAUCAGGCAGUUGCUCUCAGAAGCAGAGACACUCAGUCUGGUUUCAAAGAUGCUGUGUUCCAUGGAUAAGAUAUCUCGGAUGGACCCUGAGGACUGCUGAUCUCAACUAAAGCUCAGCGAGUGUUUUUAGGUUAUUUUAAACGAUAUACUGAACGGAAUUCAGCCGAUGUCAAUUCAGCAACUGACUGAAUAUGAGCAGGCAAACUAAUUCAGUAAUCAUAUGGUGAUUUAACAUUCAUUUGAUUGACACAACAAAGAGAAACUUUUCACACGUGUAACCCAAAGUUGAGCCCUUAAAAUAAAAGUUCUGUGCUUACCAUC